ACAUUUCUGUCUCACCUUGUCUCUCAUUCUCGGUGCAGUUGAUACGCUCUUUAUCGAAAAUGACUCUGACAAAGGCUUUUCCUCCACCUACGGGUGCGGCCGUGCUGGGCGCGACGUUCAGUCUUAUCGCUUUCGCGGCUGUUAUUAUAGCUACCAGAUUCUUUUACCGACUGAGAAUCCAGAGGGAGAAGUUGGUUACGAGUGAUUGGUUUAUGAUCCUGGCAUUAUGUGCUGCUAUAUCGUGUGCGGCAUUCGACGUCGUGUUCUACAGUCUCGAUGUUCUCAGGCCUCGAAUCAGUGUUGGCUUUGAGAAUUAUAAUCCGGGUGAAGAGAAGGUUGAAUACAUCUACAAGAUGUCCUGGGCCAGCGAGAUCCCCUUCUACGCGACAACAUAUCUAUCUAAAGCAAUUCUUCUAUCUAUGUACUUCCAGAUCUUCCCCGCCUUUAUGGGAAGGCGUCGUAAGACACUCUGGAUCACUGUCUUUUACUGUGGACUGGCGUAUGCCGCGACUCUUUGCAUGCAGCUCUUUUCUUGUAUGCCUAUUGAGAGGCACUGGGUCAUCACUCGACCUUUGACCGCAUGCGACUGGCGAUGGCAGGGUAUCGUCUUUCAGGUUUCUUGGGCUUUGUCUUUCUUGGGCAGUCUUCUCAUCUUGAUUCUUCCGUUCACUGUCGUUCAUGAUCUCGAUUUGACCAAGCGAGCUAAGCUUGGUCUGUACUUUGUGUCAUUGGUCGGCCUUCUGGACAUCGCCAUCUCUCUGGUCCGAUUCUUGAACGUGGAGCUCGGAGACAACGGCUCGUUCCGCUCCUUUAGCACGAUCGAGCUAUGGAGCUCCCUUGACGUCAACAUCGGCCUCAUCACAGCCUGCCUCCCUUCCCUCCGAAUGCUACUCGGUCGUACUAGGAGAAUUGACGACUACACGUUUGAUGAAGCAAAGACCGCAAGAUCAUCUCGUGCCAUGGAACAUCGCGAACUGGAAGAGAUCGAGGAGUCAACUUACCUUGGUGUCAACAGUGUCGGACCCUCGAACCGCUCAAACAGAGUGUCUCAAAAUGGUGAUAAGACGCCGGAACGGAAGCCCGAGCCCGAGCGAUCUUGGAAGGAUGAUGAUGGUGAUGACACCGACUUCGAGCUUGACAACAUCAACGUUGAAGCUCUUACCAAGGACCAGGCACAAUCGUACUGGUCCACUCCCUAGUUUCUUUUGUCACAAAUCUGUACUAUACUGCCCCGGCCAUCAGAAACGUCGCCUGUUCAUACAAUCAGAUAGUCUGUAAAAUAUUGUCAGUGUCAAUAUACUCAACAAUUUGUCCUCAUAA